AGUGGACGAACCAGUCAGAUGACGCUAAAUGUCCGUCGUGCUAAAUCGUUUGACGAAUAGCGGCGAGAGGAUGGAAACUAAAAAACUGUGGUCGCGUCGUCAAGAAAGAACGGAGUUGUAAUUACAUUCAGAGCACCAUCAAGCGUUCAUAAAUAUAAAUUCCUAUUUCUAUCCAGAUCUCUUUCAGCGGUUUCUGCUACCUGAGUGAUAAACAAACGUGUUCCUGAAAAUCAACAGGUCUCAUCGUUACUGAAAAUACAAGGAGCGCUGGAAAACGUUCAACGGCCUUGGCUCAUCCGUCAAUCGAGUCGCCGAGUCGUCUCAAUCCUCCUCCGACGUGCACGCGCUCCUGCGUGUAUUUAGAUCUUCGUUUAUUCCUGUCCACCGCAUUCGAAGGGGCGUCGCGGCGGAGCCAGGGGGAUGUAAUGUAACCCGACGGGGGAGCGAGGCCCGGUCGACGACACCGCCGUCGCGGCUCUCGUUCCCGUCAACCCCUUGCCCAGCAUGGGGUGUUAGGCCGAUAUUGUCGCGUCUGCGCGAUGAAACGCGGAGGAGACAACAGCCGGACUGGAUGUCCGUGGACGCCUCCGCGAUAGAGACGUGCCGCGUCGUGCGGCGUCGGGACGCGCAUUAACCCUUCGCCGUCGACCUCGUGAGGGAGACGCCGCCUCGUCAGGAAGUGUUGAUGGCAGCCCGGCGACGCGACUACGACCUGGAUGCAUACAAACGUCGGCGCGAUCAUGAACAGUUCGCCGCAGAACACGAGCAGCGCUGGGACGCAGCGGCGGGCCGGUGUCGACAACAGCGACGAAGAGGAAUGGAGCGGCGUCGUCGAAUGUGCUGUUCUUGAGAGAACCAAGUCCGACAGAGUUGUGCGUGCGGAUGAGGAUAGACGUCGUCGAACGAUUAUCGUUGAGAAGAAGAACGGCACGUACGGUUUCACGUUACAGAGCUACGGGAUACAUUACAAAAGGGAGCAGGAGAUAGAGAUGAUAACAUAUGUAGAUUACGUUGAAUACGAUGGACCAGCGUUUAAAGCCGGUAUGAGAGAGGGUGACGUGAUACUUUCGAUAAAUGGCCACGAGAUGGACAGAGCUGAUCAUAAGACUCUGGUGACUUUUAUACAGAACUGUGAUACAAGAAUACGAAUGGUCGUGUCCUUUGAAGAUUGUGUGAGAAAAGUGGAAUUACACAUGCGUUACAUCGAGCUGCAACGUGCCCUCCAGUCUCGUCUAGGCGAGCUGGAAAGACUGUGUGAGCGAGAAAGGUCUAUCCUGAUGGGCCGGUGGAAAACCCAUUCACUGCCAGCGCGCAAAAGAACGCCUAACAGCAUUGUCGGCACUAAUCCCAAUCAACCAUCGCCUUCCUCCAGUUUCAACUCCUCCACGAUCCAAUGCUGCCGACCUGCAACCUCGACCGAACACCUUCUACUUUAUAAUGUGUUUGCGGAUGGGCGACCCUGUCUCAUCCCCCGUAGCGCCGCUUGUCUCGUGACAGUUGGACCGCCUCGUUCUCGUAGCGAUCAUCAUCAUUUCCUGUCCAAGAUGUCCAGCGAAUCUGCAGUGACCACGUCAUCGCGUCAUAGUUAUCAUCAGGCGAACGGCAUGACUGGUACACCCGCAAAAAGCAAGUCUCACAAAUCUUGCCAACAGCAGUCGUCCGUUACCGGUGAAGGACCGUCGUUACACACGACUCCUCAAAACAGUCUCUGCGUUGCUUGCAUCUCCAGCGCAAAUCGCCGCCGUGAGCAGUCUGACAGCGGCAGUUUGGACGCCUACGAUCUUGCCAGUCCUUGUUGCGAUCCAAACUGCGUACCUAGUCGUCGACGUCGUGAGAAACAACGACGUGCUCGCAACGAACAGACUUUCCAUCAACAGCAGCAGCAGCAGCAGCAACAACAACAACAGCAACAGGUCAAUCUUCAACAUCAUCAUGUUCAAGGACCACGAGACCAACAGCAGCAGCAGCAACAGCAACAGCCUAAUACCCACAAUUGUCCUCGCACGUCUGGUCACAGUCUUCAUUCUAUUACUAGCAGCGACGUCUCGACGACGGCUGACAGCGUCGCUUCAUGUUCCACCAGCCUCAGCACGGACACCCUGUACUGGGAUCCUAGCGUGCACCAGCGACCACCGCCGUGCCUUCAAUACGCCAAACCAAAGUCAUGGGACAAUCUGACGACAAAGGCCUUCGGUGGAUACGGUUUUGGCUACGGUUACCUGGACACCGCAACCGUUAAAACUCACAGCGCGGAACGACCUAGCAAAGGAUCGCACGGUCGAGCGAAGAUGCCCGUCGGUACUGUGCAGAGGAAAACCAGCACCAGUAGCAGCACCGCGUAUUCUGCGGCAAGCACAGUCAGUCGACAUGGCUUUCAGCCUACCAAGUCAACAGAGAGUCUCUUGAUACCACCGCCAUAUCAGGGCGAUUUGGACGCAGCUAGUUUGAGCUGCGAGUGUCUGGACGGCGGGCCCGGGUCGCGAUUUGCGCCUGUAGUACAGCUAGACAAACACAAGCGGGCCGACGAGACGGCGGGUUACAUACCACCAGCACACGCGCAGAUCAGGCAUCGACGGUCUAGUCAUUCCGACGGGAAAUUACGGGCUAUCAAUAAUUCCGAAGUCACGCGAUUGUAAUAAUCUCACUCUUUCAGUACUGAAGUCUAAUAUGUGCUAAUAAAGCGUCGACGUAAUGCUGCUGUUUGCGUUUUAUUUGCCUAAUCGUGCGGGGCGAAAAUGGAUCCAGAUGGUGAUGGAUUGUAUCAUCGAACACAUUGGCGUGUUGUGAAUUUUUUGGAAAUCUCAACGAUCUCUGUAUCUUUUGGACUUUUCUGCUCGCUCUUACAUUUCUAAGCUUUUGUAUCUUUAGAAAACAAUUACAGAUACCUCACACUACUCCAUCUCUCUCUGUUUCUCCUUCACUAUCGUCGCAUUGCGCAAAUCGCGUUCCUUGUUUUUGCUUCAUACCGAAGAUCUGCGUUACCUACCGCCAAUUACACCUGCGAGAUCAUUGCAAACAAUCGUUAGUCCCUCCUCAUGACACCGAAUUCAGUUUAACAGAAUAAUUCCUUGAACUGAAUUGAUCGUAUUUUGAUGAUACUUCUUAACGUACUGAAAGCUGAGAAAAAUUUCAAUUCAAUAAAUACUAUUAUUUUUCAACAUACUCAUUUGUAGUAAAAUGUUCUAUAACUCAACAUAUUCGCUUUAAACUUAUAAUGACCGCUACAAUACGCUGUUGGAGUUUGGCCAUUUCGUUCAUAUACAGAUAUAAAGGAUACUUUUUAACUAUACCCGCAUAUUUUUUUUCGUAUAUACAUACAUACAUAGGUACAUACAUACGUACAUACAUGAAUGCAUUUGUGCACGCAUACACAGACGGUAUACACGAUCGAUUUGCACAAUCUUGCUGCGUUCCUCUUAAAUAUAUAUCUAUGUGUGUAUAUAUUACGUGUGCCUAUAUGCGUGCCAGUUCAUGGUGUGCAACAAGUAUGUAUGCAACUUAUCAUACAUGUGUAUCUCCGUGUGUGUAUGACUGCAUGUUUGUACAUGUGUAUUGAAUCUCGCGUCGUCAUCAAACUAUCGAGCCAAAAAAUAAAUUAUGUAAUUACCUGCUCAUCUUUUUUUCUCUAAAUAUACAUCCAAGCUUUACACGUCGUGGAUACUUAAAUCCUCUCGAGCUACGGGAAGUUUUGUGACUGGAUUCUGACUGAGAUUCAACUAGUUCAACUAGUUUUGUCCUAUACAACACCUGACAAAAUCACUCUUUUUCUCUGAGGAUUCUACGUACAUUAGUAGAUCCACAAUUUAGAAUACGUCAUCAGAAUCCUGGAAUUUUCGUGUUUUUUAACUUUUGAAUUUUCCUUCCAAUGCACUUUGAGAUAGUUUUUUUCCUCAGUUUCUUAGGUUUUCAAAUUUCCAAACUUUUUAAGUGCUAAUGACCCUGAAUUCUUAGGAUUUACGACGUUUAGGAAUUUUCGAACUUCAAAUUCUCGAGUAUCUAGGAUUUGUGUAUCUUUAGAUUUUCGUAUAUCGUCUGAGAUUCUAAAAUUA